AAAAAAAAAUUCUAUUUGAUUUUUCUGAUUUAUUUUGCACGUGCGCAUUUUUGAUUUGGCGCGCCGAAUUUACAAUAUUUCCCUCCAUUUUGCAUUUAUCUUUGCGAGGGCACUUAAUAAUAAACAUAAUUUAUCUUGCCUGGCUAAAACACCAUGUGAUCCUAUUUUAAGUAUCUCCACGCCGUUUAUUGGCCGAUCUUUUAAUCAUAUUGUAUGAAAUAUGUAAAGGCCUAUUGUUAUGUUAAGAACAUCUGUUCUUGAUGCAGUAGUUUCGAGACAGUUUUGACUAUUGUAUUGUACUUGACUACUAGCUGUGUUUUGUUAUAGGAAAUAUUAAAGUGAUACGAUUCAUUGAUGCUUGCGGUCAAGAGAGUUCAGGCGAAAAUCGCUUGUUUUUUGGUGGUUUCUGAGAGAGUUGCAUCUGUGUUUCACGGUAACGUAAAAAACGUUGCUAAGGAGUUUCACGCCUAUAUUUUCAGGUAGAAGUUAGUUCAAAUCUAUUGUCGUUUAUUAUUUAUAGCGCGUAAUUGUUAUUCAUUUUUACCUGAAAAGGUCAAAUUUCCCUUAAGUUUUUUUGUAUACGCUUCAAAUCCAUAGAUGUACAGUGUUUGUUAAUGUUGUGUACUUAUAUCUAUUAUUAUAUCUAUCGCGUCGACAUAGGGUUGACGAUUAUAAUCUUUUAGGCGAACAUGUCGAAAGUGUUAUCGCCAUGUGCUAAAGGAUUCUAUCAUCGCUGCUUUAUCACCUAAUUUACAACGAAGGCGUUUUUUUUUUUUUCACCUAACCUUGCCCCAACAUGGACUUCAAUUGGGAUUAUGUAUUUUAUGUUACAUUUAAUAUCAAAUGCGGGCGUUAAAUCAAUAACAUUGACUGUUUCCCAAUGAACUGUCAUGCGUCAACGUCUUUUGUUUGAUCAGGGGGUAAAGCUUGGCCACCAGCCAAUCAGCGGUCGUUUCAGUUGACUUCCUGCGAGAGCAAAUACCUAUAUGCUCUAAGCCACGCGGUCUGUGACGACGAAAUCACAACACAAGCCGUGACCCGGUUACGUAAAAUGUACUGUCUAAAAAUGACAUAAAUCUGGGCCGAAAUUUAACUUUAAAGAGCAAAUCACUGUUGAUUAAUUAUGCCGUGACUAGUGGAUAUUUAACCAUGGCGAUUAAUAACUUUCUAGACAGCGUAUAACUAUUAAUUCUCGCCCAAACAAAUACACCGUUCUCCCGGCAUUGUUCAAGACACUCUUACGGGACUCUACAGUGUAAAUGAUGGAGUUAGAGGUUGAUCUUGGCAUUACGGGAAAUUAUGUCAACCAAAGGAAAGUAACAAAACACGGGAAGAGAAGAUCUUAUAUCAAGAAGUUACAGAAAAGGCGGCUUAUUGGCAAGAAAGGAACGGUGAAUAUUGUGUCGGAUGUACCACGUAGGCCACAGUUAUACUUGGCGGAUCAUUUUACAACUCUCAUCGAUGCAAGGUGGAGAUACGUUUUCCUCAUUUUUACGGUCUCUUUUCUUGUAAGCUGGUUAAUUUUCGGGAGUCUGUGGUGGGGUGUUUAUCUCUAUCGUCAAAAGUACUUCAAUAUUGAGUGUAUUGAGAAGGUCGACAGUUGGACCUCUGCAUUUUUGUUUUCACUCGAGACACAAACUACGAUUGGAUAUGGCGGGAGGCAAGUAACGCCACAUUGCCCUGAAGGUGUAUUUCUGCUGAUCGUUCAGUGCAUAGUCGGACUUUUAAUUUCAUCGACAAUGCUUGGAUUAAUAUUUGCUAAACUCUCCCGUCCACACUUGAGAGGUCGGACUGUAUUAUUUUCUAAUCACGGGGUGAUUGCUUUGCGAGAUGGCAAACUUUGCUUGAUGUUCAGAGUUGGCGAUAUUAGAACGAAAAGUCAACUAAUAGAAUCUCACAUGCGUGCAGUAGUCGUUCGAAGACAUUGCACAAAGGAAGGCAAAGAAAUUGGAUUUUUUCAGCAAGGAUUACCGUUACGCCACGAUUUGAUUUGUGAAGAGGAGGAGAAAAUAAACUUAUUCAUCCCAGCAAUAGUUGUACACGAGAUCAACGAUGAAAGUCCUUUCUACAACGUCUCCGCAGACAACUUGCUCAGGCUAGAUUUCGAAGUUGUUCUAAUUCUAGAAGGAAUAGUCGAAUCCACCGGAAUGACAACCCAAGCAAGGACGUCCUACAUAGCAGACGAAAUACACUGGGGGCAUAAUUUCACGGAAUUAGUCACUUAUGACUGCUUCAAGAACGGUGCCUACCAUAUCGACUUUUCCCGGUUCCAUGACACCUAUCCAGUUGAUACCCCUAGAUGUUCUGCUAGAGAACUAAACAUGCAAACUUCAAGCUCUUCGGGGUGCUCAUCGCAUUGCCCCUCUGAGCUCGGAAUGGUAGAGCAACAAGAAGAGGCGCCAUCAGACGAAAUAACUGGCUGUGAUAAUGAAGUCGAGGUUGGAUCGGAUGAGGCGCAUCAACGGUUGGGAUUACAGUUGAUGCCAAAUAGCAGCACAGACGCCGGUCGAGUUAUAACUCGUCUUUAAUUUACUCUACAGAAGAAAACUUUGAUUUAUUCAAACUUUGCGAUUGAACUGACUGUUUACCUUCAAAAGGUCAAGUGUAUAUUAUUAUAAGAGCGUUAAAAGGUUUCUUAAUUGUGGUUAAGGCAUGGUAGUUUUUAUUCCUUCUUUGUUGUUGACGUUAAAAUUCUUCUAUUUUGGAUGUUUUUGAGCUAUUUUGUACUUUAUUUCCUACGUUCAGAUUAAUCUAUAAAGUCACGAGGGGUAAGCACAAUAUAAUUUACUAAUAUGUUAGGCUUAAAAAUCGAGUGAGAACCAUUCUAGAAAUAGAAAUUGAAAAUAAGAAAAAUAGAAAAGUCAAAAAAUAAAAAUAGAAAACUCACUACAACAAAUUUAUUUAGGAAUCAGGAAAUUAUGAUCCUGUAGAUACGAGUGCCACUCAUCAAUUAUUGAAUCAGUUGACUGUUUAUUUUAAAAGUGAUUGCCGUUUAUGACUGUAAAUGUCGAAUUUGGACAACUCAAGUUACAACGCUAGUGUGUCAAAUAUCAAAUUCGUGUCAAAAAGACCAAAACAAGUGACCAGUUGUGAUCUGUAUAAAUUGCUCAAAGUGUUAUAUUUAAAUAUUUAUUCUUCUGCUUUUAUGCAGAAGUCUUUUGUACAUUUUUCACUUAAUUAAGUGAGUUAAUUGCUCGCUUUUUAAAGUAUGCACAUCACAUACCACAUUCGCACUUCGCAUGUUUGUUGUGUUUUCAAUAAAGUCAACUUUACGAGAA